CGUGAAAGAGUGCUCAGUGAGACCUGAUUUUCUGCAACUCCCUUCAUUCCUUUCAGCAAAAAACUGACCUGUCCCCCCUCCUUUUCAUCAUUGACCCUUGGACAAACGACGACGACGGCAAAGACAAAAAGAUGGGCUGGUUUGUGUGAACGACCACAGCCGGACUUCCGAACGGGUUGACAUAAUCAAUUUUUUUGGGAACUCUAUUUUAGACUCGUGUUUUUUUGACCACGGGGGUGUUCAAGUGUUCAAAAAGUUGGUAACUUGGGUUUUGCCGUUUGGGAUCAUUUUGUGGAAUUUUCAAAAAACCAUCCGUUGGGUGAAUGGCCUUUCAUCGUUGUGGUUUGAUUAGAACUUUCUUUAUUGUUUAACGACUCAACAAGGCAACCUAUUCCAAGUUUCUUUUCCGUCCCCCCACCUCCUGUUGUUGAGCGUGCUUUUUGUUGUUUUUUCAUCCCCACACACGUGUCUAUAUCAUCAUCAUGUCUAAGAAACCCACCAUCAUGGUGUUGGGGGCCGGGUUCAUAGGCUCGUAUCUAGGCGCUCACCUAGCCAACAAACCAGAUCUAUGCAGCGUACACCUCAUCGGACGCCAGUCCUACUUUACAACACUCCAAUCAGCCGGCUCACUAUCCGCCACAAGCCAAUCCGGAACGACCGUCACAAUCCCAUAUGAGAAACUCAACCUAUACGACUCGGUCGAUGCGUUUUGUACCGCUCAUCCCAAUGUCCAUCCUACCUACAUUAUCGUCACCGUGAAACGCAUCACUGCCCAUCGUGCCUAUGCCGAUCUCAAGCGAUGGGGCGAGAACCCAAACGUGACGGUCGUGACGAUGAUGAAUGGCGUACGAGCAGCAGAUGAGGCGAGAGACGUCUUGAAAGGGUGUGAUGUAAACGAAGGGAUGUGGCCAUUCAAUGUCAUUGAAACCGAUACAGGACACUUUGAGCAGGCAUCCGGUGGGGAUGUGUUUGUAGAGGAUUCAGAAAAGGGGCGGGUACUCGCUGGUAUUUUUCGCGAGUCGGGGAUUCCGACUCAGGUUUCUGCUGAUAUGCAUGGAAUACUCUAUGGAAAACUCUUGAUCAACCUCCACAACGCCAUCUCCGCUCUCACAGGACUCCCCAUUCAACAAGAACUCUCCACCCGAUCCGCCCGACAAGUCUGGGCCCACUGCAUGUCCGAAGCACUCGACAUUUACCGCGCAAACGGCAUCAACCCCGUCUCCUUCCUCCCCCACGUUCCCCUCUCAAUCAUACCCUAUCUCCUCUCCCUCCCAAACUUUCUCUUUCUCCGUCUCGCAACUCGCAUGUUGUCGAUUGACCCCCGCGCUACGAGCUCCAUGUACGAGGACCUGCGAAAGGGCCGGCCAACAGAGAUUGAGUAUCUCCAAGGAGAGAUUGUGCGUAUGGGCCGUGAGUGUGGGAUUGCUGCUCCUGUGUGUGAGAGGGUGGUGGGAUUGGUCAAGGAUGUGGAAGGAAAGGGUGGAUUGGGAAACUUGACGGGGGAAAUGAUUUUGGAUGCAUUGGAAUUGAUUUAAUGGUGGUGUAUUUUGGGGAAUUUAAAAACUAUACUUAUUCAGUGUUUUUAAUUAUGAAUCCACCAUGAUAUUUUCGCUGAGG